GCAGAGGCCGCGGCUGUCUGUGUACGGGAGGAAGCCAUGUUGAGCCAGCUCCUAAUAAACAUGUAUUUAAUAAUGCUGUUGUAAAUCGUAAUGUCUACGCGGGAUUCAUGUUUACAUUUGGGUGAACGGUAAACCAUUUCAAAAAUGUCAGCGGACGAUUUUCAGUCGAAGUACGCCUCCGUCAUGGAGAGCAUGCUGAAGAGUGCCGUCGCAGAGACCACGAAACUUUUCGAAACUAUGGUCGACGAGCUGAAGGCAGAAAUAGCACAAAUGAAAAAAGAGAACGAGGAGCUCAAGGCAAGGUGCAGCCAGUUUGAGAGGACGAGAGGCCAAGGGACUGUUUGCCUCAGAGAAAGCGAGCCUGAGCCGGGGCGAAGAGACACCUCUGAGAGACGUGACGCGGCGGUCCAGUGUGACCUUGUUCCUCUUCGCGCAAUGCUGGUAGAGCAAUGCCAGCCAUUGCAGCUCUCAUCAUUGCAAAACCAAAGGCAACAACGUGGUUAUGAGGAGGUGCAUUAUGCUCUGCAGGAGCACGAUUAUGAGAGCCAUGGAGAGGGAAAUUCUCAGAUGGCAUUUAUACUUGUCAAACAGGAGUCUGUCUUGAAGCAAGAGGAAGUUGAGUCCACUGUGGCAUCAAGGCAAGUCUUGAGAGAUAAAGCAGAUUCACCAUGGGUCUCUCCAUGUGGAACUGAAAAUGAAGGUCCUAUUAUUAACACAGUAUGCUCAACUAGAGAAACAUCCUUGCCUCAGAUACACAAAGAGACCCAAGUGGCUAUGGAACUACCUAUUUUGGUGACAUAUAGUGGUUCACAAGGAUCCCAGAAUCAGUCAUCUGAACCAGAGCAUUCAUUAGUAAUUUCACUCGCUGCAGUAAAAGAUGACCUAGAAGGAGAGUCUGAAGUCAGUCAGAAGAUGGCAGAAAUUGGUAAACAGGGAGAACUCAUAACAUCGGAGCAUCUGCAGUCACUAGCAGCCCCCCAACAAACUCAAAGAGAGGGUGAAAUGUCAGUGAAUGAGCAAAGUGGUGUCACUCUGCAACAAGCUACAGAUGUGCAAUCUACACAGGACCAGUUGGCACAAACACUACCACUCAUCAACAGAGAAGUGUGUGAUCAUUUAAAAAAUAGCCUCCCAGAAGUUGAGGCUAGUUCCCAGCCUGGCUUGCAAAUACGACGUAGAAGAGGUCGGCCACCGAAGAAAGCAAAACAUGCGCAACAGCAAAUGAAAGAAAAAUCCCUGUCUUCUUUAGUUAUCACCUCGUCAGAUCAGCAGAGAGCAGACCCUUCUUUCGAAGAUGUAGAGAACAGUAAGGUUGGUUCUUUAGCAGUUUCAGUAGUGUGUACAAGUGGAAGACGUUCCUCUGAAAAAGAAAAAACCUCUGAGACUCAGCAACUUUUCAUGGACACAGAAGAGGGCACAAUUCAGGCUCCAACCACUGAAGCUUCCGCUGUAGUUGAAACACUUAACACUCCACCACCCGAGUCACCACAAGCCCCACCAGUUCAGCAGAGUGAAUGCCACACAUCUGUAACUCUUCAGGACGCACUGCUAUUAGUUGAGGCCAUGAACCAGUCAUUACCAGACAAUAGAAGCUCCUCUCCGCAGAAAGAAGCAGAACCAGCCCAGACCCAGUGUGCUCCUCCAACCAGUGAAGCUCAGGCCCACAUUAAUGUUGUCAAACCAAAACAACAUACGGUCUCUCUAUCUUCAAAGCCCCCACGAAGUGCUGCAACUCAAACAACUGUGCAGUCAUUUCAGCAGCUCCGUCCCCAUUCCCUGAUAACAUCAGUAGCAACCACUGGUCGGGGUAAAGCAUUACCUCAUAAAAUAGUUAUCGUGCCAAGACCGGCAUUCUCAUCAAUGUCUCAUAAAAUAGCAGAACAGUCUCCAAACCAACUUCCUAGUGAUGUAUCAACAGUUAAUACUGCACAAAAUAAAAGUAAACAUCAAGGUUCUACAGCUGCAGGCUUACCUGUCGAAAUGCCCUCUUCUUCUUCUGCUACUCAGAAAACAAUACAUGUAACAACCAGCAAAUUGCUCCCUGUUGUCACAAAGUCCACCAGCACCUCCAAAGGCCUGUAUUCAGGGACUCUACUACCCUACAAGAUAAGCAGUGCAGUUCUAAGACAGGUGUCAGCUUCAGCAUCAAGGAAACAGGCACAGGUUUUGACAACACAGCUGGAUCCAGCCAAAUCAGCUGCUCCCAUUCUGGUGUCAACAUCGCAGUUAAUUUCUUCGACGCAGGAGUUGAGCGUUUCUGAGGAUACACAACCCGCUUUAAAUAGUGCGACCUCCAUCUCGUCGCAAAAGAGAGAGAAUAUAUCUGACAGUUUCAAAACUUUGACAAACUUGCGAACUAAGGAAAAACUCCCUGCUGUGGUCAGAUUAUCAAGGCUCCCAUUUCCAAUUACAACCAAAGAGUCUGUCUUUGUUUCAAGACUGCCUACAAGUGGAUCAGCUGGCUCUUGGUCCAUUUCGCAACAAUGUACCACACAAGAGAAACCUUUAUCAUUUGUCAUAUCAACACAACCAUCAGAUACGCUUGUGCUGUCUACUGACAGCUGUCCCAAUUUAAAAGAACCAUCUGUUGCUAUGUCUGUAUUGACCACUGGGAUAUCAGGAGAGCCAAAUGAUAUCGAAGAAAAGAUAUUAUCUUCUGAAAAACGCAUUACUUUGGAGGAGUCACCUACCAUAGCCAUCAGCAUGACUGACCCUUUGGCUGCAUCUGGUUUAGCGGGAGAAACGACUUUGAAUUUGGAAGAUUAUGAGUUAUCUAUUGACCAACCAAUAGGAGAGAAGCAGUCAGCUGCCUCUGUGUGUCUGACCUCCACAAAAAACACCAAGGAUACAUCUGACCCUCAUUCACAAAUGAGUAAGACCCAGUUCCUGGCACAUCUGGCAGUAUCACCUGUUGCACAAGACACCAAAGAGGCCUCCUCUGACUUUGUAGAAGCAGAAACUUCCCAUGCAGAGAGCAGCAUCAGUGACAAGAAAAGGUUACAGCAAAGUACCCUCAUGGCCCAGCUCCGAAGUCACAUCAAAACCCAUUUGCAAACUAAAAGAACUGAUUUAAAUCCAGAACCACCCACAGAAACGGCAAACUACACCGUAAGCCCCAAGAAACUCAGAUUGGGGAAUGAUUGUCUAAAUGAUGAAAACACAGCUAGUAUUCCCCUCCACCCAAAAAACCCAGGAGCAGUUGAAGAUUUUGCAACUCUAAAAACUACUACUACUACUACUACUACUGGCCCUAUUCCCAUGACUCGUACGAAACCUGGACUAUUACUAGAUGGUGUUAAACCAUCUGUCUGUCCUAGGAGCCCUAAGCCCAACAGUGAAGCUACUCCUGUGAGUCCAAGGAGGUCUGGUUUAGAUAGAGUUGUAGUUUCCACAAAUGAACAAUCCACCUCUGUUAGUCCUAGGAGGUCCAGCUCAACUAAAGAAAAUGCUACUCCUGAAAAUCCCAGAAACAGUUUGCUCACAAGGAGGACUAGUUCAACUAGAAAUGGUGUUAGCCCUAAUACUAAAACCACCUCUCUGAGAUCUAAGAGGUCUAGUUCUACUACAAAUGUUGAUCCUGAAAGGACUAAAUCUACAUCAGUCAAUCCAAGUAUAUCUGGUUUAAGUAAAAAUUGUUCUACCCCUAAAAUGCCUACCAGUGAAUCAACUUCUUUCUGCCGUAGAAGGUGUACCUUCGCUAAAGAUGAUUCUUGCACCAAACAGAUUAAAGCAGAAUCCAAUCCCUGUAGUCUAAGGAGUUGUAGUGCAGCUGCAGAUGGUGCUAAUACGAAAAAUACCGAGGAUGAAUCUGAUUCCCUAAGUGUUAGGGGGCCUAAAUUAUCUAAAGACGAUAACAGUCCGAGAAAGACUAGGGAAUCUACAUCUAUUCAGAAAUCCAGAUUAAUUCAAGGUGAUGCCUCUCUUAAAAAGAAUUUAGGAGUGGUGAAUGCAAAGAAGUUGGCUAAAACAACAAAACCAAAAACCAUAGAUAAAAGAAGUUCCAAUCAGUCAAAUUUGCAGAGUGGAGCCAAAACAAGCCAGUUAGCAGAGAGCCGUGCUAUCUGUAAGGCUGUAAAAAGAUGUACAGCUAAAGCUGUGUGGAUUCCUCCAAGACUGCAAGCCAGUAAAACACCCCCAGCAGGAGGAAAGAGAUCAGUGACCUCAUCUGUUAAGAAAGAGAUGGUAUCUCCCAAAUCCCAGUGUAAUAUACAGGUUUACCCCCACAGUGUUUCUCUCCUCCCAAUACCCAUCAAAGCACCUCCUGUUGUAUCGCCGUUACAGCCUUUAUCAGUCAUAGGUAGGCGUCUGCUCAAAAACCAGUGCGGGGAGUGUGGUCGCGUCCUCAGCAGUAGUGCCGCCCUAGAAAGCCACGUGAGUCUCCACACAGGACGGCGACCUUUCUCAUGCACGCUCUGUGGGAAGCGCUUUGUAGACUCCAAGGGUCUAAAAAGGCAUGGCCGGGUACACCGGAAUGGUAGGAUCCAUGUCUGCCAGCAGUGCGGGAAGGGCUUUGUCUACCGCUUUGGCCUCACGAAACACCUGCAGAUGGUGCACAGCAGGAUAAAACCUUUUGUCUGUCAGAUCUGCAACAAGGGAUGCUUCACAAAGCUAGAUGUGGAAGCCCACAUACGUAUCCACACAGGAGAGAAACCAUUCCAUUGCAACCUUUGUGAAAAGAAAUUCACAAGGAGGGUAGACCUGAAUGUGCAUUUAAGGUGGCAUAAUGGGGAGAAGAGACACUGGUGUCCAUACUGUGGGAAGGGAUUUUUAGACUUCAAUAACAUGAAAAGGCACAAGUAUAUCCACACAGGGGAGAAACCACAUGCCUGCCCACACUGCCCCAAGCACUUUACACAGUCAGGCCACCUGAAAAAGCAUGUCAAAAAUGUGCACAAAAUCCAAUGAGGUGGACUUUCAAGAUGACAUCAUGUUCCACUGAGUAGGGUAGCAUUAUCUAUCUCUGAGAGAUAUAAGAUGUUGAUAAUUUAAUGUGAGAACAUUUGUUUUAGAAGAGAUCUGUUUGUUUUUUCUUUGAUGCAAUGUGUCCUUUAAAUACAGAGGAUGAUUUCUCCUCUGGUAUUAUGAAUUGUUUUAGGUUAUACUGGAAGAUGCACCUGUAAAGCUUUGUUGAUAUUGUAAAAAUAUAUAUUUUUUAAGUUCAGUAAGGAUUUUUAAUUGUACAGAGAACUUCUAAUGCUGAAUCUUAAUGGUUUAAGAAUUGAAGAGUUGAUCGUAAUUUUGUUUUGAUGUUUUAGACAGAGCCAGAGUAGAUGAUUCACUGUGCCCCAAGUCUGUAUGCUUAAACAUUUACUUUUACAUUUAGGACUGUGAGCAGACGCUCGAUACUUGGUGCACAGCUAUUAAAAUGUUAACUUGGUAAUAAAUGAAUAAGCAGAUUGACCACAAUGUCAAACUAAUCUUUAUAAACAAUGUUCUUCAGGUACUUUGUGCUCUUCACAGAGUAGAAAGAAGUUGUAGAUAUUGUAACUCCAAGGUUAAUCUUACACAAACCUCCAGUAGCCGUAAUGAUGAAUAUGAAACGUCUAUUUUGGAAAUUGGACUUGGUGAAAAUCUGCAGUAACAGGGUGAACUUGGAAAAUACAAUAAAUAUGUAGAAGUGGUUGAAUUGUGUCAUUAUUUAACUGUAAACAUGUCAAUAAUUUCAAUUAUUUAUACAAUUGACUUUCAUAUUUACUGUCAGUCAAAUCACCUUCUCAUUCUGUGUUUUUUUUCUUUAUUUUUCUUUAUUUUUUAUUGUGUUCUAAAUUGUAGCUCAAUAAUUAAGACAUCCAAACCAAGAAAGAACCCAAGGAAUGAUGCAAUAAACUAAACAUUCUUAAACAAA